AUGCAGGUUCACCCAACAACGGCGGUGCUCUCGUCGCUCGCCUCUCUUGCGCACGACUCGCUGCAGGCUCAAAUCGACGACUAUGCGGAUGCACACAGGUGGAUGGAUAGCUUCUUCGAGAAGCUCGCGCCCAAGGGGCAGCAGAAGGCGGGCGGAUCUCGACUCGCCAUGUCGGAGCUUAUGAAGACGCCUGGACGUAAGCGUGUUGCGACCGCCACCUCCGCCCACCGCGCCCUCGCCUCUUCGAAGAAGGACCCCGUCGCAACCCUUCUCUUCCCCGCGCCAGCCUCACCGAAGCGAUCUCCCGCGAUCGGCAAGGAGAACAGUCCUGCAGCAUCGUCGGGCCAGUCAAGCUCGCGCAGGUUGCUGUCACCGCUCGGUCAGAAUUCGUCGCUCAACAAGGCCAAGACGGUUUCGCCUCUCCGCGCGCCUUCGCCGAGGACGUUCGGCACUAACAACCAAUCUGCACGCAAUUCGCCAGCUCCUGUCGAGUCUACGCCGGCUGCCGAUGUCAAAGCGCUUGACUUUGCUCCCCCGCUCGACCUCGAGGAGCCGGAGCCUUUCGAGCUGCCGGUCCACGAACUCUCGAACGUCAUGGAGGAGGACGAAGAGGAAGACGACGACGAGGAGGAGGCGAGGGAGGUCAGCAACGUUUUGACGAAGAAGGAGGAGGCUGCCCUUCCUGCCGCCGCCAAGCUCGACGAGGAGGAGAGGGCCAACCUCUCGAUCAUUGGCGAAGAGGAGGAAGACGAGGACACGUCGACUGGCUCCGUCGUCACCGCGCCUUCCACUCAGCCGCCAUCUCUCGUCGGCGCACCUUCGAUCAUCCCGGAGACCCAGUUCAGCCAGCCUCAUCCCGCGUCGCCAAAGCCUGCCGAACCUGCUCGCGCCAUGUCGCCGCAACCGCGCAGCGUCUCUGGUGCGUCGUCCGUUGCGCCGGAAGCCGACACCGAGGAGAUGUCGGUCCCGCUCAACGACGCACCCUCGACUCUCCGCUCGGAGGCCCUCUCCUCCUCCCUCUCCUCGUCCACCCUGCGUACGCCCGGCGGCAGCUCGACUUCGCGCUUCACUCUCGGUACCUAUUCGGCCGCGAAGCUCGGCAGCAUCGGCCUCGGCUCAAGCCCGCCUCCGACCGCAUCAGCAACCGUCGGUCCCGCCAUUGCCUCCUCGCGCAUCAGCACCGGCGGCGCCGCUCCCCGCCAGCUCAACUUUGUCGGUCUCCCCAAGAAGAGUCUCGGGCAUGGGCUCGGCAUCGGUCGCAACUGGCUCGCCUCGGGGCCCGACAGUCAAGGCUCCACCGCUUCGCAGACAUCGUCGGCACCUUCCACAGCCGCUGAACCGGCGCAGUCAGGCUCUACAACGGCAACAGGUGCUGUCAAGCGCAAGUCUGUCGACGGCGCAGACGCCGCCCACAAGGCGCCGAAGCUCUCGCAGGUCCCCGCAGGGGACAUCGACCAGGAUGAAGCACGCAAGCGCAGGGAAGCGCUCGCGAACCGCAUUCAGAGCAUGCAGGCUCGUCAGAGCAACCUCGGCGGGCGGACAAGCAACGUUGCUGGACCGUUCGGCGGCGUCUCGAACAUGUUUGGCUCGACGAAGCCGAUCUCGACGACGACUGCGCUCUUCCACUCGACAUCGACUGCUCCCGUCGCCAAGCCGCUCUUGGCCAACGCGCCGAUCCUGCCGUCGUCGUCGUCGGUCAACAUCGCUGCCGAGCUCAACGGUCCUGCCGCUCGUCGGCCGUCCGUUAUGGAGCGCGUCAAGUCUUUCGAGUCGAACACGACCGGCACAGAACACGUCCACCCUCCCUCCCCAUCGAAGAUCCCCGCCGCCUUCAGCUCCACCGCCCACCACUCGCCUCGCCCGAACUCGCCUCCCCCUGCGUUCUCGUCGGGACGCUUCGCCUCUCCGCCCGCAUCUCCACGACCUGCAUCUCGCGCGGCGCCGUCGGGUCUCCCCGUCGCUACGUUCGGCAGCCCUCGUUCUGCACACUUCAUGCCGCCAGCGGCACACCCGGCGUCUCCUCGUCUGGGCGGCAUCACCCGCUCGCCGUCCGCCUUUGUCUCCGCUUCGAUCUCGUCUAUCCUCUCGCCUCCGCGUCAAGCGGUCAAGGUACCAGUCGUCGAGCCCAAGAGCCCGGCACGCUCGCCCGUCCGCGUCGCCAACACCCCUCCGACCGCAGUCGUUCGCUCGACGACGCCCGUCGCUUCUCCGCCGGGCAUGGGUCUCGCCGACAUGCUCAAGAAGGCCGAAGAUGCGCGCUCGCUGGAGAUGGACGACGAGCUCGAAGACGAGGAAGAAGAGGAGGAGGAUGACCGCCCUACCAUCCGCGCGAUCAACGCCUCGACUCCCGCUUCUGCCGUGGUCGAAGCGCAGGCUAGUGCGAAGGCGAAGGCAGCGGCGGAGGAGGCGUGGCAAGUGCGCGAGGCGGAGGCCAAGCGCGCUGCUGAGCAGGCUGCACGCGACCUCGAGGAACAGGAGGCGCAGCGUGAGCGGGAGGAGUUGCUCAAGAAGAGGCUUCCGUCGCUUCCCGAGCCGAAGCAGCAGGAGGACGACGAGGACGAGUCGGGCUCGGAAGACGGCGAGGGUCGGAACACGGCGGUUCUGACCAAGGCUGUCAGGGAGGAUCUCACUUCGAAGGCCAGCCCAAGCCGCGUUGUCAUGCCCGGCGGCUUCGGCAACGGAUCGAGCUCGCAUGAGAACGGCUCGAGCGCCGAAGCGAGCGAUGCAGAGGACGACGAAGCGGUGGACGACGAAGAGGACCGGACGACCAUGUCGAUGAUGUCGAGCGUCACAGCCUCGAGCACGCUCAACUUCUCGCAGAACCACCACCCCUUCAAGCCCGUCACUGCGCACAAGGCACCUCAGGCCUCCCGGCCCGCUUCAAAGGCCAGCAUCGCUUCGACUGCCUCGACCAGCACGACGUUCGGCCUCAACCGCUCGACGAGUGCUGCGCCUGCUUCUGCCAUCAAGAAGGCUAAGCCGGACGUCAAGGCUGUCCAGCGCACGACUGCUGCUGCGAAGAAGGAAAAGGAGGAGCGCGACCGCAAGGCCGCUGCCGCCAGCGACAAGCGCAGCAUGCUCCAGAAGAAGCAGGAGGAGGAGCGGAAGGUCAAGGCCGAGGGCUUCGAGAAGAAGCGCAAGGAGCGCGAGGAGCAGGCGAGUAAAGCCAAGGCGAACCCGAUUCGCGGCGUCAAACCCAAGGCCGGCGACGACGAGCCGUCGAAGAAGCGCAAGAUCGAGCCCGAAGCCAAGUCUCGCCUCGACCCGAAGAAGGCGCACCAGCCCGGUCGCGCUAUCACUCCGUCCGCCUCCAGCCAGCAGCUCUCGUCGUCGACGCGCACGGGAGCGAUGGGCCCGCCCGCGGCGGCACUCAACAAGUCGGCCGGUCUCUCGAGCAUGCUCAACAAGUCGGACGGGCCUUCGGCUGCGCUGAACAAGUCGGCCGGCGCGAGCGCGAUGAUCGGCCACAGCUUCAUGUCCAACAAGAUCAAUUUGACUGGCAGCGCAUCGGCGUCUGCCGCUCGUCCCGCCAAUCCGACCAAGCCCUUCGGUUCAUCCGCGCAGAACGGCGCGAGGUCGCAGCAGCCGACUCCGCAGGCCAAGCCCGAGCCCGAGCCGUUCAUCGAGCUGCCCGACGUCGACUCGGAGUACUCGGACUCGGAGGACGAGGACGCGCAGGAGGCGAAGAAGGCGGCCCUGCCGCGGUGGGCGCAGUCGCCCAACCUCGCCCGCGCGCUCGAGCUCCAGCAGACGAUCAACCCGGACGAGAUCUUUGGCCCGAUCCCCAAGCUGUCCAUCCGAGACAUGUUCCGCAACGCCGAGUCGGCUGCCCGUCUCCGCGUGCGCACGUCGUCUGCGCAGUGGGAGGGUACGGAUGCGCUCACGCAGGCCGACAUUGAGCGGUACCAGCGUGCGAUGGGCUUUGCGCGCACCGAGACCCGCCCUCCUCCGUAG